CAGUCACUGCGUUUUAUCGUAUUAUUAAGCUGCGGAGUAUAUAAUACCCUGCCUGUUUUGACUAGGCAAUUAGAAGAUAUAUUCUACAUCGUGGUAAGAACAGUGUUACCGAUUAAUCGAGGAGAGGCCUGUUUUUCAACAUUAUUUGAGUGCGGAACAAUGGCGUACGGACCGAGGUUUCCUUUUAACGAGAUUGCAUUCAUGCUUCUGAUAUGUGCACCGGAUCUAAUUUCCGGGCAAUUGCGUUAUUCUAUACUCGAAGAAAAAGAAGAAGGGGCAUUUGUUGGAAAUAUCGCUCAAGAUCUGGGCCUGAAUGUACGGCAAUUGUCAGCUCGCAAAUUCCGACUGAGCUCCGAUGACGGAGGGCGAUACAUGAAGGUUAGUUUGGACAAUGGAAUAUUAUCUAUUCGUGAAAGAAUCGACAGAGAACGUAUCUGUAGGCAAGCGGAAAUGUGUACCGUGUCUUUUAAAACAACACUGGAAAAUCCGUUAGAGGUGUACCGCGGUGUAGUAGAGAUUCUUGAUGUCAAUGAUAAUCCACCUACUUUCGGAAACGGCAGCAUCGUAUUACAGACAUCGGAAGCGAGUGCACCCGGGGUACGUUUCCGUCUCGAGAGGGCAGAAGAUCCUGAUAUUGGAAUAAAUACUGUCGUCGCCUACACAAUCAGUUUCACCGAGUAUUUUAGUAUCAAAACACACAGAACCGAGAGCGAUGUUCUUAUACCAGAGUUGCUGUUAGAUAAGUCACUGGACCGAGAGCUGCUAUCUUCUUUUCAGCUCUUGCUCACUGCGACAGACGGUGGCACUCCUCAGAGAACAGGGACAGCUCAGAUUCUUGUUACUGUUUUGGACUUCAAUGAUAAUGCGCCUGUGUUUGAUGAUGACAUUUACAGGGUCAGCGUAAGCGAGGAUGCACCACAUGGUACCUUGGUGCUGAAAGUCAAAGCAAAUGAUUUGGACGAAGGGCUGAAUGCUGAGAUAGCAUAUUCUUUCAGUGAUGUUGAUUUGCGAAGAGCGCGUCAUUUAUUCAGUUUAGACCCAUAUAGUGGGGAGGUUCGAGUUGAAGGACCGCUGGAUUUUGAAGAAGCAAACAGCUAUUCUCUUGCUGUUCAAGCUGUGGACCACGGUUCACCCGCAAUGGCCGGACAUUCUAACGUGCUGAUCAAGGUCAUUGACGUGAACGAUAACGCGCCUGAGAUUAAGGUGACAUCAGCUUCCAACAAAAUCCCGGAAAAUGCUCCGCCAGGGACAUUCAUAACGUUCUUUGAUGUUAUUGACCGGGAUUCUGGAGAGAACGGUCAAAUCAGCUGCGAGCUACCCAAGAAUAUCCCAUUUAGCCUACAGACAUCAUCGAACCAUUAUAAAUUAAUUACCAGUGCAACGUUGGACCGUGAAACAAUUUCUGAGUUUAAAUUACCAAUUCUAGCCCGGGACCUGGGAUCGCCUUCACUGACGUCAAAUAAAACCAUCCAUAUUACAAUAACCGAUGUAAACGAUAACGCCCCGCGGUUUGCUGAAUCAACCUAUAACGUAUAUGUGAUGGAGAACAAUGCACCCGGCGCAUCGAUUUUCGUACUAACUGCUCUAGAUCCUGAUCUGGAGCAGAAUUCCUAUGUCUCUUACUCUUUGGUGGACAAUUUCAUCCAAAAUCUACCAGUGUCCACUUACCUGGCCAUUAACUCCAUGAACGGUACCAUUUAUGCGUUGCGGUCAUUUGACUAUGAGGAACUCAAAAACUUCCAGAUUAACGUACAAGCCCGAGACGCUGGGGUGCCUCCAUUGAGCAGCAGCGCCACGGUGAAUGUGAUCAUCCUGGAUCAAAAUGACAACGCGCCCGUAAUUGUUUCACCUUCAGAACAAAGUGGAUCAGCAGAGGUUUUGCGCCGGUCAGCGGGUCAAGGGUAUUUGGUCACCAAGAUAAUGGCAACUGAUGAAGAUUCUGGUCAGAAUGCACGGCUCUUUUAUCAGAUGGUGAAAUCUACCGAUCCCACUUUGUUCACCGUUACGAAAAAUUCAGGUGAAAUCAGAACAGCGCGCAGUAUUUUGCAGACAGAUAUUUCUGUACACACGCUGGUCAUCUUGGUGAAGGACAAUGGGCAGCCAAGCCUGUCCAGUACAGUUACAAUGAACAUUAGCGUUUUGGAGAACAGUACUGAAGGAAUCACGGAAAGCAGUACCUUGGUGAAAAAUUCGGGAUAUUUAUCUGAUCCAAAUGUUUACUUAAUCAUCAUUUUCAGUUGCACCUCCGUUGUCUUCCUUCUGAUCAUCGUUCUGUUGAUUGGGAUCAAGUGUAAACAGGAUAGAAGUAUCAUCCAAGGGUAUAACACCCCCAGUUAUUGUUACAAUCGCGGAGAUUCGCAGGGCACGUUUAAUGGAAGGCCUGCCAUGGAGGAAACUUUACGCUAUCCCGGGACAGGACGGGUUGUCCGUGUGCCGGAACCGCAUCAAUACUCGGUCUGCCUGUCUCCAGAGUCAGCGAAAAGUGAUUUUCUCUUCUUGAAGCCAUGCGGCGCUCCCACGUCUCAGGCGCAAUGAUGCGUAACCCCUUGGAAGGGGUAUCUUAUUUGGGGUAAUUAUAAUAUCAAGGAAUGUGAAUCAUUCGUGAGUGAAAUAUUUAGGAAAAUAUUAUUUUGAUCCAUUUUUACGCUUUCGUUUAAAUAGUGCAUUUGUUGUAAUGGUUAAAAUAUAUAACUUUCAGCAAAUAAAGUCCAAUCGAAUGAGUGUUGGAUCUGUCAAAUCUAAAAUGUCUUAUUGCUUAUCAUUGAACGACGGACAAAUAUACACUGUCCAUCUUCAAAUCCAGUGUUAAAACGCAUUUGUACUCCCUGGCUUUUGACCAUGCCUGAGGCUUUGCUUCUGUUUGUGGUGUUUUUGAUGUUUCUUUAUUUUACAUGUCUUUUCCUACUAUUUCUUUUGAUUGUUAUUUUUGGUGUGUAUUAACUUUUUUGUCAAUGAUUAGUGAUGUACAGCACUUUGUUGCAGCUA